GUGAUGUUGGGUGGACUUCCGUCCCGGCGCGCACACAUCAUCCCCCCGUUCUCUUUCUCUCCCUGUCUCCGUCCGUGUGCCCGGAAAUGGCGGGCGGGGGCGAGCUGGUGGUCAGCUUCGGGGAGAUGCUGGUGGACUUCGUGCCGACGGUGGCGGGGGUGUCGCUGGCGGAGGCGCCGGCCUUCCUCAAGGCCCCGGGGGGCGCGCCGGCCAACGUCUCCAUCGCGGUCGCGCGGCUCGGCGGCGAGGCCGCCUUCGUCGGCAAGCUCGGCGACGACGAGUUCGGCCGGAUGCUGGCCGCCAUCCUCCGCGACAACGGCGUCGACGACGGCGCCGUCGUCUUCGACGCGGGGGCGCGCACCGCGCUCGCCUUCGUCACGCUGCGCGCCGACGGGGAGCGCGAGUUCAUGUUCUACCGCAACCCCAGCGCCGACAUGCUCCUCACCGCCGACGAGCUCAACGUCGACGUCAUCAAGAGGGCUACAGUCUUCCAUUAUGGAUCAAUAAGCUUGAUUGCUGAGCCUUGCCGGUCGGCACAUCUGCGCGCCAUGGAGAUCGCCAAAGAGGCCGGCGCGCUUCUCUCAUAUGAUCCGAACCCAAGGGAGGCAUUGUGGUCAUCCCGUGAGGAGGCUCGCACCAAGAUCUUGAGUAUCUGGGACCAGGCAGACAUUGUCAAGGUCAGUGAGUCUGAGGUCGAGUUUUUGACUGGCAUCGACUCAGUAGAGGACGAUGUUGUCAUGAAGCUCUGGCGCCCUACCUUUAAGCUCCUCCUGGUCACUCUUGGAGGCAAAGGCUGCAAGUACUAUGCCAGGGAUUUCCGUGGAGUUGUCCCGUCAUACAAAAUACAACAAGUUGAUACAACAGGUGCUGGUGAUGCAUUUGUUGGUGCUCUGCUCCGGAAAAUUGUCCAAGAUCCAUCAUCAUUGCAAAAUCAGGAAAAGCUCGAGGAGGCGAUUAAAUUUGCCAAUGCAUGCGGAGCAAUCACCACCACAAAGAAAGGGGCAAUCCCUUCAUUGCCCACAGAAAUUGAGGUCUUGCAGCUGAUGGAGAAUGCAUAGAUGCUUAAUGAUUUCGCUAGCUUCUAAUUCUGCAAGUUGUAUGGUACGCUGAUGGAGAACAUUCAGUUGUAGUGGAUGAUAUUUUGUACCAGGCAUAAAUGGAAUCUUGAUCCAUAAAUUCUGCUGGACGGCUCUUUAUGAUCUCUGUUCCAUUUCUGAGCUUCGUUCGGAUGUGAAACGGAGAGAAUUAUGUUAUCUGUAAUCCUAGAGUGCUGUUGCUGAGGAA